AAUUCGAGUUACGAUUUCUGACAUCAACAACAGCACCUGAACGUACAAACUAACCGACUAAUUGUUUGUUACGUCUGCGCUCGGGGUUCAGAGAAAGCAGUUUACGGGAAGCUCGAAGGCAGCAGUCUUACGAACGCCGCCCACUGUGUGAGGCAGUAAGAAGGAACGCGUUGAGAUGAGCUAAGCUAGAACUCUCCAGGACUGGUUUAGUUGUUUCCUCAACGUAAAGUUAUCGAGUAGUUUGACGGAUAACUAGCUAGUGACUUUGAGGACAGUACCAGGAAACUAUGCUGACAGACACGGUUCAUUUUAGCGGUUGUUUUGUAUGCGUAGCGGUAGAGUAGCGGCUGUUGUUGUUGUGGCCUUUCGCACGAUAGCCUAACGUUAGCCAGACUAACGCUAGCUGUAGCCUCAGCUGGUUCCUGAAGCUCUGUUCGCAUCACAUCCCCUAUGACGACGAGGGAGAUGGCACACCUUUCCAGCUAACUCAGAAGGUCGAGUUCACUCCAUAAAGGAUCAGCAAGUUGUUCCCCAGUUAUGAGAGCCUUUUCUCAGUAAUUGACAUCUCACAGAAAUGGAACUGUACUGGUACAUAGUUGUCAUCAUAUUCAUCAUUAUCAAAAUAUUCUUCUACGUGUGCUGGUACCGAUCAAGACAGAGGCAGCUGGCAGCAUACCUGAGCAACCCCCGCAAUGCUCAGAUAGUCAUUGUAGGAGGACGAGCAUACCUUCAUCAGAUGUGUGAGAGACAGAGUCAAACUUCUGUCUGGCCAAGUUGGUAUGGUGUUCAGGAUGACCUGUCAUUAGAGGAGCCCCCCACAGCCCUGCCACCAGCUGCAUCCUUCUCCCACUUGGACAUGCCACCACCAUACGAGGCAGUGUCUGGAGAGGACGACCUGAAGCCUCCUCCUUACAGCGAAUGUGCUCAGGGCGAUGAGGCCGCCGCUCCCCGUCCCAACCAUCUCACUCCCCUCAUUUCUGAGGGUGGAGACUCCGUUAGCGUAAAUGAAGCCCCGCCUCCUUACACACCAUCUUCCCUGGCACAAGUCGCUCAACAAGACCGUCCUGCAAGCCACAGUGAUUCAGAGAGCAGGUCCACCUAAUCAGUCCCUGAUGCCAGUUUGCCUUCUCCAUGCACUGCCUUCUGACACUCAACCUCAGUGAUCGUUGCCAGCCUAACUCUCGUCACAUGAGAGCAGAUGUUUGUUUGAUCGGGUAUGUGUGUGUGCGUGCGCGCAUGUGUGUGUGUGUGUUUGGUGGGUUUUAGAACUAACUUGUUUUUCUACUUUGUAUUGUUUAAAAAAAAAAGAAAAAAAAAGUGGUCAUCUGAUGAGUUUGGCAAUAACAGAUGAUAUCAGCAAGCCUGUGUGCCUCAGUCAGGACCGCAGUACCUGCCCCCCCAGCUAGGAUGAGGAUAAAAACCCCUUUGACCUCCUUAAGCUCAAAGGGAGUCGGUGAGAUACAGGUGAACGCAAAGAUGGCGUCCUUCUGUAUGUCCAAAGCCACUUCCUUUCACAGAUCUAAGACAUGAGUCAUUUUAAAAGCACGUUUGGGGAAAUGAGAAGAUGUUGUAGUUCCUGCUGCUGUGAUAUCCGUGGGAUAUUACUUGUGUCUGUCUGUCUGUCUGUAGGCAUUGUUCUUGAGCACAGUGACUUGUGAUAGAAAGCUCUCAGCCUGGAGAGUCUUACUCGAUUUUUCUGGCAAUUCUGCAGCAUACGUGUGCAUAUUGAAUAAAUUGUGCUCCAGCGUCUUCAAGCUGUUCUUGCUCUCCGUGCUCCAUUAGUGCUGCACGUGUGUUAUUUGAAGACAAAGUAUGUUGACGGAGAACCAUUUGAUAAUGAAUGCAAUAAUUGUUUUAAGUAAUGGCCUCAUUAGCAUAACCAGUUCUGUUUAAUAUAUCAUGUUGAUUAUACUGGCACAUUAGGCAGUACGCGUGCCCAUUAGAUCUGUGAACGGGAGCGAGCGAGGACGAGUUGAAGAAAUAAAUGAACACUGCUGAUUAUCACCUCUCCUGCUGGGUUCUGUCUGUUGCUGCUUUACUUUAUCAUCUAUACAGUAUAAACACCAUUCUUGUUAUUUCAUUGUCUCAGAAAGUCGGUUCUUUCAAAUUCAGAUGUAAGAUAAUGAGAUUUGAUGUGAUGGAUUGUAACGUUGGGCUAAGGGCUUAAAUUGACAAAAAAUAAUAACUGAAACUGCACUUGCUCAUAAGUCAUUGACAAAACUGUUUUUUUUCCAUAAUAUUGCAAAAUGAAGACUAACCAAAAAAUGUUUUGUUUUUUUUUUUUUUAAUAGCAGUUUCUGUUCCUUGUAACAUGAGUAAUCUUCCUGUUAUUCUACCACAGGCUGGUAGAGAUCUGCAAACCUUGUGCAUUUGUUCUGUUUGUAUUUUCUGGAAAAGUGUUGCUUUGGCAAACGUUAUUACUGUGCUUUUUUCUGUCACUGCAUUUCAGAUAAUCCUUGAAUAACCUUGAGAAGAUGCUUGCAAAUGAUCCACCUCCCGUGUGUUUGUUACAGUAACAAUAUAAUCGUGUACGGUUUCUGAACGCUGCAGAGCGCGAGAGAAAGUAAAACAAAAUGAAAGCUGUAUACAUGAAAUUUGGGAAAGUGCAUAACAGCCGGAGGAUAUAUCACGACGCUGCGUCAUCUUAAAUGUUAAAAUGUAAUGUAUUUUAAUGAUAAUCCUUGGUAUCGUGGUGAUAAAUCGUGGAGCAUCUGUCACUGAUGCCUGUCAAAGGAAAUCUCUCCUGUGCUCUUUACAGCCUGAAGGUUGCAACAGAGAAGCUGCAGUGUAAAACAUCUGAACUUUUAACUUGGUUGACAUUACUAACGCGGCGGCGGCGGCGACAUGAUGGCGAUCGACCACCUGCACCGUGGUGUUACAGGCUUCUACUGUAACGCAUGUCCUGUUUGUUCACUUCAUGUUCAUUCCCGUGACAUUAGAGCUCUCCAGUAGCUUUGUGAAUUAAGGAGAAUUAAUUUUGUUUUUCUGUUGUGGGGAAAUACAUCAUCUGUAUUAAACUGUUGUUUAUAA